AUGGAUAUUCGACCAAAUCAUACAUUAUAUGUGAAUAAUUUAAAUGAUAAAGUGAAGAAAAAUGACUUGAAGAAAGCUUUAUAUUAUAUAUUUGGUCAACAUGGUCGACUGAUUGAUAUUAUAGCUAUGAAAACAAUGAAGAUGCGUGGACAAGCAUUUAUUAUUUAUCAAGAUAUUGCUUGUGCAACGCAAGCUUACCGUUCAUUACAAGGAUUUCAGUUAUUUCAACGACCUAUGCGGGUAACUUAUGCCAAAAAAGAUUCACAGCAAAUUAUCUCUUUGAAAGGUGUCAGUGCCGAAGUACAAAAGAGACGUGAAGAAGAACGUGAGAAACGUAAACGAAAGAAAAUGGCACAGCGCGCUGCAGCAGCAGCAGCCGCUUUACAAGCAGCUAAUCAAUCAGUAAAUGGUCCAGCGGGUACUGGUGGAGAUAUUAAUGCAUUGUUAGACCAACCAAAUCAUAUUUUAUUUGUUAGUAAUUUACCAGAAGAAACUACGGAUGCUAUGCUUACAAUGUUAUUCAGUCAAUUCUCUGGAUUUAAGGAGGCCAGACGUGCUGCUGGUGGAGUUGGUUUUGUCGAGUAUGAUACUGAAUCACAAGCUGCUGCUGCACGAUCUGCUUAUGAAGGAUUUAAAUUGACACCAACUCAUGCUAUGCAAAUUACAUUUGCUAAGAAAUAA